CAACGGUAUAAUUAGUAGUAAUUAGGUAUGUACUUAUUUACUGUCCAAUUGCCGAGCGAAAUAUGGCAUGAAUCUAAUAUGGAGUUUUUUAAAAGAAAUUCUCAUUAAAUCUUAUCGGAAUUUAUAAUUCAUUUCAGAAAUCAAGUCGAGUCUAUCUCAAAAUAAGGCAUUUAAAUCUUAUUAGUCGGGUGCGAACAAACUCAUUAUUAUAUGUAUAUCCAAAUGGUUGAAAUCAUAAUUGCAUUGCCCCCUCCUUUCACUAUAUAUACCACCACCUUUCACAAACCAAGAACUCAACAAGUAUCGGUACUCAUCUUCAACUUUCUCCUAUUAUUAAUUUCAUUUUUUCCCAUUUUUGUUAUUUUUCUCUAUGGUGAUAAACAUCUCUGCAUCCCUUAAUCAAGAAAUUGAUUUUUUGUAUUCUUUUUAAAUUGGAUUUCAAUCUUUUCUACUGUUGUUAAUUGGUUUUUGUUGGUUCCAUGUGGUUUAUAACAAUUCAGCAAUGGAGGGGCCAUCUCUUGUUUGUUACGAGCAAAAUAAGGAUACAAGGUUCUUCGUUUGCCGCCAUUGCAAAACCCACCUCUCGUUGUAUUCAGAAAUGCUUUACAGGUAUCCCACCAGCCACGUUGCAAUCUUCGGUUCUAUGGUUAAUGUGGAUUUGCUCAGCGAUAAACAUCCAAUUGAACCUGGUGAAACUUCAGCAGCAGCUUUCUGCAUUAACUGUGAAUCACAAGUAGGAUACAAAUUUAUUGCUCUGAGGCUUGAGACUUAUGCUCUCAAAACUGGAAGAUUCAUGGUAGACACUUCGGAGCUGCUCUUCUGGAACGGGAACCAUAUGGUUUAUGCGGAUAGCGGAGUACCCGUUCAAAAUGCAUGAAGUGACUGCCAUCCCAGAUGAUGAAGAAGAAGGCAUUUUCUUUCGGUUUAAGAUUAUUAUAAUAAGUCUUCUUAAUAAUGUUUUUUUUUUUAUACAUAAACAUCCCCAGCCAUCCAUAAAAUUCCCCAGACAUUUCUUCCCGUGUUACAUCAAUAUCCUUCCGAUGUGAUUUUUCAUUAAAUCUUUUUUUAUUACAGCGAAUGUUCCUCAAAAAUGUCAAUUCUAUCCUUGCAUUAUGCUACUUUUGAAAGAA